CGUAAACGGGUGCGUGUCGGGAACGAUAAGAUGAAAGAUGGCGGACCGCGCGGCUGUUGUUUCCCAGAGAUGUUUCACAUUCCCGCCCUAACCGCGUCAUACAUCCACAGCAAGCACGUCAACAGAUACAUCAAAUAUUAGUCUUUCCUAAAGCCCACAGAAGUGGAGUUUGGCACGACGCAGUGAUGUUGUAGUGAAGACGUGAUAGAAGAUGGACGACUACUGCUAUGCUAAGAUGGCGACGUCAUGUCAAAGAGAAAGUGAAAGGGAAUCAGAAACUUCCAGCAAAUCACCGACGGAGAUAAAGACGGAAGAUGAAGACAUCCAGCAGCUGAUUGAUCAUCCAGAAGAACUUCCCCCUCAGGCAGUGGUGAGCUCCACUUUGAAGCAGGAGACUCCACAGCCACUCCACAUUAAAAAAGAAGAGGAGGAAUUCUGGAUCACUCAGAAAGGAGAGUCUUUUUUUGAACCGGACAAGGCUGAUCCCACCAAGUUGCCACUGACUGCUGUCUCUGUGAAGACUGAAGAGGAUGAAGAGAAACCACAACCAGACAUCCUCUUAGCCCCACUUUCAGGUAGUGAAGGUGAAGACGAGGUUGAAGUGACUUUGAGCAGCCAUACAGACUCCGAAGGUGAUAGGACUGACUCUGACAACAAAGACUCGAAAUGUUCUAAAAAGAAGCGAGGUAAACAAUGUUUGAGCUGCUCAGUCUGUGCUAAAAACUUUUCUAAAAAGAGCGAUUUGACUCGACACAUGAGAACGCACACGGGGGAAAAAACAUUUAAUUGUUCAAUGUGUUGUAAAAGCUUUUCUCAAAAGCACCAUUUGACGGAGCACAUGAGAACGCACACAGGGGAAAAACCAUUCAACUGUUCAGUUUGCCAUAAAAGCUUUUCUCGAAAGAGCAGCGUGACUGAACACAUGAGAACACACACGGGAGAGAAAUCCGUGAGUUGUUCAGUUUGUGGUAAAAGCUUUCUUCUAAACAGACAAUUGGCUGAACACAUGAAUAGGCACACAGGAGUAAAGCCAUUUAAAUGCUCAAUUUGUGGUAAGAACUUUGUUUCCAGAUUUGGUUUGACUCAACACAUAAAGAUACACAAUGGAAUAAAGCCAUUUAUUUGUUCUGUGUGUGGCAAAAGCUAUUUUCAAAAGAGCAGUUUGAUUCCACACAUGAGAACGCACACAGGAGAGAAACCGUUGAGAGACCAUAAUUGUUCAGUUUGUGGUAAAACCUUUACUCGUAAUGAAAGUUUGAUUGAACACAUGAGGACACACACAGGGGAAAAGCCAUUCGAUUGCUCAGUUUGCGGUAAAAAGUUUUCUCAAAGAAGCACUUUGACGCAGCACAUGAGAACACACACAGGAGAAAAACCAUUUAACUGUUCAGUCUGUGGCAAAAGCUUUUCUCAAAAUAUCAGUUUGAUCGAUCACAUAAGUACGCACAGAGGAGAACAGACAUUAAAUUGUUCGGUUUGUGGUAAAAGUUUUACAAGAAAGAGCCAUUUAACGCAACACAUGAGGACACACACGGGAGGAAAAAUCCUUAAAUGCUCAGUUUGUGACAAAAGCUUUGUUUCUCGGGCAGUUUUGGCUCGACACAUGAGAACGCACACUGGACUGAAACCGUUUAGUUGUUCAGUUUGCGGCAAAAGCUUUUCUCAAACCAGCCAUUUGCCUCGACACAUGAGAACACACACCGGUGAAAAACCAUUCAUUUGUUCAGUUUGCGGCAAGAGCUUUUUUUCCCGACAAGAUUUGACUCGACAUACGAUAAAAUUCACCGGAGAAAAAUCAUUUAGUUGUUCAGUUUGCGGCAAAAUGUUUCAUCAUAAUGCAGACGCCUUGACACACAUAAGAACGCACACGGGAGAAGAACCAACAGUUGUUUAGUUUGGGGUAUUUUAUUCAUAUGUGGCCACACCCACCCAAACCCAGGACCUCUUCAAUAUUACUUCACUGAAUUUUUUUAUAUAAAAAAAUAUCCAUGGUUUUCAAACGAGUUGGGAUUGGCACAAAAAUCCUCUUAUCUCCUCAUGACCCCAUGUCUUCUGCAAAUCCGAACCUUUCCUGAAUAGUUAGAUCAGACCUGGGCAAUUAAAGGGGAACAUUAUCACAAUUUCAAAAGGGUUAAAAACAAUAAAAAUCAGUUCCCAGUGGCUUGUUGUAUUUUCUGAAGUUUUUUUCAAAAUGAUACCGGUCUCGGAAUAUCCCUAAAUAAAGCUUUAAAGUGCCUUAUUUCGGCUCUCUGCGAAGACACUGGCCAUUUCCCUGUGACGUCACACAGUGCUGCCAAUGUAAACAAACAAUGGGAAUACCACAGCAAGAUAUAGUGACAUUAGCUCGGAUUCAAACUCGGAUUUCAGCGACUUAAGCGAUUCAACAGAUUACGCAUGUAUUGAAACAGAUGGUUGGAGUAUGAAAGUAUUGAAGAAGAAACUGAAGCUAUUGAGCGAAUAGCUAUUGACGCUAUUCAUAGCCAUAGCAUGGCCGAAUAGCUGC